AACGCCUUACUCGGUGGUGCUCUGUUUUUUCCCGUUAACCCAGCGCAUGCCAUAGUACCCUCCCCAGUUCACCUUCCCUCUCGUCUUUCUCUCUCUAGGGUUUCUCUCUCCUCAACCACGAAUAGAUCCAAUAGGAGCGAUCAUAUUUCUAGGGUUUUGAAUCGAUUGGGGUCCCCAUGGAUUCGAGCAGGAGAGCAGUGGAAGCGUACUGGAGAUCUCGGAUGAUCGACGGAGUGACAUCGGACGAGGACAAGGUAGCUCCUGUGUACAAAUUGGAGGAGGUCUGUGGUCUUUUGAGGAGUUCUCAUGUCAGCAUCGUGAAAGAGGUCUCUGAUUACAUCCUCAAGCGCCUCGAUCACAAGAGCCCCGUUGUUAAGCAAAAGGCAUUACGGUUGAUCAAGUAUUCUGUGGGAAAGUCUGGGACAGAAUUUCGAAGGGAAAUGCAACGUCAUUCAGCUGUGAUGCGCCAGUUAUUUCAUUACAAGGGCCAUCCAGAUCCCCUUAAAGGGGAUGCCCUCAAUAAAUCUGUUCGAGAAACAGCUCAUGAGGCUGUAUCAGCUAUAUUUGCUAACAAUGACAACGCAGCAAUGGCGCCGACAGAAGAUUUUCAGAAACGCAUCCAGGGUUUUGGCAAUACAAACUAUGAAAUGCCUACCGAAGAGAAGAAGUCUUUUCUCAGUGAAGUGGUGGGCGUUGGUCUGAGCACCAUUGCUGCUGCUAAUUCCAUGAGGAAAAAUGACAGUGGGAUUGGGUGUUACAAGAGCCCGAACUUACAAAGAUCUCUAACUGCAGAAAUAGGUGGUCGAGAUAGAUAUGAAGGAGGUAAUUACCUCAGUGGAAACUUUUCCUCUUCAGGUCCUAGAAAUGAAGCAUCGAGAAAGUAUGGCCAAGAUUUGAGAACAGUGGCAAGUACAACAGCUAAUGAAGAUGUUGCUCCAAGUCAUACAGGGAUUAAGAGUUGUGAGGAGAGGCUUUUGGAAACUAUAGUUACUUCGGGGGGCGUGCGUUUGCAGCCCACACGUGAUGCUAUCCAGGUUUUUCUGUUGGAGGCAUUGAAACUUGAUCCAUUGCCUCUGAGUCAUGCGCUUGAGGUGAAACUCCAAUCUCCCCUGUGGCAGGUCCGCAUGAAGGCAUGUUGUGUCUUGGAAUCAAUUUUAAGGAAAAAGGAUGAUGAACAUUUUUCCAUUGUAGCAUCUUAUUUUGGUGAAAACAGAGAUCCUUUGGUUAAAUGCUCUGAGAUACCCCAAGUUUCUCUGAGGGAAAAGGCAAGCAAGGUUUUAAGCCUUCUGGAUGGAGACUGGGUUCCUGGAACAGGGAACCAAUCAGAGCCAUCUAGUGCAACAUCUGUUCCAACCCCGGUUGUUCAGAUGCCUGACUUAAUUGAUACAGGCGAUGCCGAUGAUUAUAGAACUGAAGCUUCAAUCGAGGAGCAUGUUCCCCAAAAUAUUGAAAAUCUUAUAUCCUCUGGUUCUUUGGUUGAUUAUCUAUUUGCAGAUGGCCCUAUUGCAGGGCAAAGCAACAGUGAGAAUGAAAAUGAAGAUAACCCAUUUGCAGAUGUAUCUUUCCAUGUGACCGAGGAAAAACAAAAUGAUGACAUAUUCUUAGGGUUAAUUGUUGACAAUAAGACACCAGAGCAUGAGAAGCAAGUUGGUAAAGAAUGUGGGUUACUUGACACUUCUAGUUCAAACUACGAUCUCCUACAAGAAACAGAAACUAAUAAGAGUAAUAUGAAUGACUUGAUGGUUGGCCUGUCUCUUAAUGAUACCAUCCAUGGUAAUAAGCAACCUGAAUAUUCUGGCGUUCCCUUCAUGGGUGGGAUCAAUCAAUCAAGCCAGGUGCCUACAAAUGGUGCUUUGAAUGGGACUCUUGGUUCAAAUUCUUUUUUCCCGGCUUCGACUCAGUAUAUGCAACCAAAUAUGAUGUUCAAUCCAGCUUUUGCAAACCAGCCAAUGAACUACGAUGCUAUGGGGGCCUUCAUUGCUCACCAACAGUUACUUUUUCAAAAUCUUGGUAACCUAAAUACGCGUUACAGGCAUGCUACUGAGAAUGUCAUUGAUGGAGGUCACUCUUCUCCGCUGCCUGACAUUUUUCAACCUUCGAACAUUCCCGUACAAAGUAAUGCUGCAGCGCUAACCAACAGAAAAAAGGAGGAUACAAAAGCGUUUGAUUUUGUUUUGGAUCAUUUGUCAGCAGCCCGCGACUCAAAAAGAGUUUUGUAAAUUUAAUACAAAAGCAGAUGCAGAUAUUUCUUGCUAGGAGCCCCACCCAACAACCGCCUGGCGGCUAAUUCUUUUGCAAUAAUGCAUCAAUUGCACGAAUUAUGGUAGAUAGCCAUUUUCCAAAUGGAUAUAUUUAUUAAUGUGUGUAGGUGUAAGCAUGAGUCAGAUAUGGAGAAGGGACGUUGUAAUAUAUAAGUGAAUUGAAGCCACACAUCUAUGCUUAUAAUAUCUAUUUGUCUUCCUUAAUAAUAGCUGUCUCUGGGGCUUGAAUUA